UAAGGCCUUCACAUUUGCCUACUCUAUAAUAGUAAAUUCUUCCAAAUCAAUUGGACGUUACUCAUCAAUCCCAAGUCGACAUUUUUUCCCCGGGUGCCAUCAUAAAUUCUUCAAAUCGGUGAAAAAAAGGUGCCGAGAAAUCCAAAAAGCAGAGAGAGAAUCACAAACUACCGAUCCAGCGGAAAAAAAAAAAGUUGUAAUUUUUUUCCGGCUGAAUUUUGGUGAUAAUGGCGUUAAUGGCCGCCGGCGCAUCUAGCCUAUCAAAUAGAUCCUUCAUUCCCGUUUCCCCUCAAUUUAUCAUCACCUCUGUUUCUCCCUCGCACAAUUAUAUCCCAGCUUACAGUAAUGGCAGGAAAUUCGCACCGUGUUGCCGAAUCGGGUCGAGAAAUGAGGGCCUCGUCGAGAUUCGGGCCACGUGCCCCGCCACAUUCGGGGCCCGUUUGCGUGAGUCUGUGAUGAACACCGUUGGUGGAAAUCCAGUUGUUGUUUAUUCCAAAACAUGGUGUUCGUACUCGUUGUUGGUAAAAUCCUUGUUCGAGAGGCUUGGCGUUGAGCCUCUUGUUAUUGAAUUGGAUCAAUUAGGUGCUCAAGGACCCCAAUUGCAGAGGACUUUGAAAAGGCUUACGGGACAACAUACAGUUCCCAACGUAUUCGUCGGGGGGAAGCAUAUUGGUGGUUGUACAGACACUGUGAAACUGCAUAGAAAAGGGGAACUAGAGCCUUUGCUAUCAGAAGCUGUUGCAAACAAGUAAGAGAUGUAGUAGAAGAGUCUCUACUUUCAUUAGAUCGAAGCAGGAAAAAAUUUCGUCAUCAAAUCGAUAUAUUACUCGAGCGUAUACAGAUAUUAUGUGUCAGUUAUUUUUUUUUUUCAUUUUUACUAGCUUCUAAUAUUUGAAGUAGUUUGUAAUUUGUAUAUCUACCUCAGUGGUACACUAUUGUUCCAUACCAUAUAUGGAAGAACCGAAGAUCUCGAUCUUAUAUGCACUUCCGUUUCUGUGUU